AUGGCUGAUGAAAAAAGCUUUGAGUGCGCAGCGCCAGAACUUCUCUGUAAUGAUAAAACCAAAAACGUGUUCCAUGAUGACGACGACUUUGUGGAUCCCUUCAUUGGUUUGAUGAUUGAGAGAGAAAAGGAAUAUUUGCCUAAAAUUGAUUAUCUCAGGAAACUGAGAAGUGGAGAGUUGGAUAUAAGUGUAAGAAGAGAUGCAUUUGAAUGGAUUUCAAAGGCUCAUGCUGAGUACAAUUUUGGAGCAAUUUGCUUCUGCUUGGCUAUGAAUUACUUGGACAGAUUUUUAUCUGUUUAUGAUUUUCCAACAGGUAAAACAUGGGCAAUUCAAUUGGUGGCUGUGGCUUGUUUAUCACUAGCAGCCAAAAUGGAGGAGAUUGAAGUCCCUUCCACAGUGGACUUACAGGUGGGGGAACCAAAAUUUGUGUUUGAAGGGAAAACCAUACAAAAAAUGGAGCUUUUGAUAUUGGGUAUCCUGAAGUGGAAAAUGCAAGCUUAUACGCCAUGCAGUUUCAUAGACCAUUUCCUUGAGAAGAUCAAUGAUGAUGAACAUCCAUCAGGGCCAUUGAUUACUAGAUCAAUUCAACUCAUCAUGAACACAAUCAAAGGUAUUGAUUUCUUGGAAUUCAGGCCUUCUGAAAUAGCUGCAGCAGUGGCAAUUCAUGUUUCAGGGGAAAUACAAGCAACAAACAUUGAUAAGGCACUGUCUGGUAUCAUGCUAGUAGAGAAGGAAAGAGUGAUGAAGUGUCUUGAACUGAUUCAAGAUUUGACAACAAUUAGUGGGACAAGUGCUGCUAGUAAUGUGCCACAAAGUCCCAAUGGGGUGUUGGAGGUUACAUGCUUGAGCUACAAAAGUGAUGAAACAACAGUUGAGUCAUGUUUAAAUUCUUCACACACUAAACGGAGAAGAUUGGACCACCAACUUUAG